AUCAAUAGAGAGUGAGUGAAUCAAUUGGCUCUAGAUUCGUGAACAGUCUGGGAGGCUGAAGCUGAUCACUUGUGAGCUGCAAUGAAGUAUUUGGUGUCUGUCCUGGCAACUGGCCUGCUACUGUCUUUCUUUACAAACUCCAUAAACGCUGAAGAAGAGCAUGAGAUGAAGAAGCUGUGUGGCCGAGACUUUGUCGAAAAACUUCUUCAACUCUGUGUGAGCAUGAGAGCUCGCAUUUACCAUCCCUAUGAUCCUUUCCAGCCCUCAGCUGAUAAUUCCGUCUUCAAGGAGAGGAUAUCCGACAGAAGCAACAUUGACCAGCUUGGAUCAAAUUAUGGACAGCACCCAUUUUUUAGAGGCCGCAACCACUAUGAGCGGACACCAGAUGAUUUCAAUAAGUUUAGCUUUCACCCUGAUGGUUACAGAAAUAUGCAUCCUGCCUUUCCACAUAUGUCACACCAUCCAAAAUUGAAGGGAAGACAACUGGAAAUUAAAUGCUGCAAAGUUGGCUGUACCACAAAUGAAAUACUUCAGAGGUGCAAACAAUGAAAUAAUGUAAACCGUAUCUCUGUAUUUCUAGAAAAUUCUGUACACAUGCGUUCAAAUCCAUUAGAUGUUAAGACAGGUAGGGUACAUUUUAGGAAUUUAAGCUCCUAACAAGAUCCUAAAUCUACCGACAGUUGGAGUAGGAAAUUAGCCUACAGGGGUCAGCAGACACUGCAGGAUUUUCUGUUCGUAAUGAUUGGAAAGAUCUGCACAGUUUGACGAUCUCACAAUAGUUGCUGAAGGGGAAGUUCUAUGCAGGGAGCACAAUUCAUAAAAUUCAUUCUGAGCUCCAUACAAAAUAAUUCACAAGCAUGGGCACUGCCAAGCACUUGUAGUCGCAUAUAAUCUUAAAAAAUAAGAAGAAAAAUCCAACUAUGAAUGUUUUAUUGUCAUCCUGUGUUUUAUCAAAAACAAUUCUGUUAACAGCUUAUUGAUGGAGCGUGAUCACUGUUUGCUUAGAAUGUCUGGACAUUUCUCUCUAACAUCAGCUGAAGAGAUUCAAGGGUCAGAAAAGGGAGGUUGUCCACUACAACAACAACAACUUAU